GACCUUUUUGCGGCCUCUACCGCCGUAUUUGCUGGGGCUCCUGUGUCUGGGUGGUUUGUAUCUGUUCGGGGUGGCCGCGUUGCUGUCUGUUGGAGGAGUGGGAAUUGGUGGCCGCGGCCUUGGGGCUGGGAUGAACCGCACUCUCGGUGGAGGCCGGGGAGCCAAGCCAGAGCCAUGGCAAGUACAGUGGUAGCAGUUGGACUGACCAUUGCUGCUGCAGGAUUUGCAGGCCGUUACGUUUUGCAAGCCAUGAAACAUAUGGAGCCUCAAGUAAAACAAGUUUUUCAGAGUUUACCAAAAUCUGCCUUCAGUGGUGGCUAUUAUAGAGGUGGGUUUGAACCCAAAAUGACAAAACGGGAAGCAGCAUUAAUACUAGGCAUAAGUCCUACUGCCAAUAAAGGAAAAAUAAGAGAUGCUCAUCGACGAAUUAUGCUUUUAAAUCACCCAGACAAGGGAGGAUCUCCUUAUAUAGCAGCCAAAAUCAAUGAAGCUAAAGAUUUACUAGAAGGUCAAGCUAAAAAAUGAAGUAAAUGUGUGAUGAAUUUUAAGUUCUUGUUAGUUUAUGUAUAUGAGUGUUAGCUUUUUAUAAUAAAAUGCCUCAAAGCUACAAAUUUUAAAAAUGAUUUAGUACAAACUAAACCAAAGGACUGGUAGAAGUUUUUUCUCUGAAUGUGAGAAUUUUAAAUCACAUAUAAAAUAUCUGGAUUUAACAUUCAGUUAUUAUAAAAACCAUUUGAAUAGAAAUAGACCUUCUCUGGCUUUGAAGGAGCCCCCAAUCUAAUGAUACACUGAAAAAUUGGUAAUUAAAAUACAGUGAUCCUAUGAAGGAAUGUACAGAGGUUGUUAUAGGAGGGAUUCAUCUUAUUGGGAGAAACGGCUGCUCAAAGUUCAGAAAAUCAACCCCACUGCUCUGGAACCUUAAAUUUAAGAGUUUAGCCACAGCUUUGACGUUAAGAAAUAUAACUAUAUCCCUAAUAUAAUUGACAGAACUUAGAUUUAAUACAGUAAAAACUGUUAACAGUGUAAGAUUAGACAGCAGAGGCCUUGUUUCUAAUCAAGAAGUAUUUACAUUGAACUAGCCACUUAAACUGAAAGUUUAUAAAUUAUUGAGGGUUUUUUAAUGUAAGUUGUUGCAUUUGUUAUCAAGCUUAAACAUAAUUAGCAAAACUAAAAACUGAUAUGCUCUCAUUUAUGGUAAACAUUCAGCAUGGACUAUUGAAUUUAUUAAGUCAUAAAUGUUACUUAAAUAACAUUUAUGGUAAGUGGCUGAGACUAUUGGUCUAACAUAAAAUAUAGAAGGAUCUGAACCAGAGGACAUGUGAAGACAUCUGAAGUAGAAGUCUGUGGCCUGUAGCAGGAAUAUUAUCAUUAGCUCUAAGAUGGUAAAUCAUACUACCUAUCAUCUGAACUUUAGCAUCUUAAGAGUUCUUAGUAAUGGAAAAUCCAGGACUCUCAAGGUCAGUUUAGAUUAGUUUGGUGUUGGAAUGUGUUUACUGGCACUUCAGAUUUGGGCACUUCAGAUCUGUUCUUUAGUUUUCCACCAUUUCCUUAAAAUCUGACUAAGUCUACUUGUUAUGAUUUAGAGCAGGAGAAAGCACCAGCUUAACACAGCCAUGGCUUUUAUGUAGAAUAGAUCUUUCUAGUUAUUUCUAGGGAUAAGGGAUAUGAAGGUACACUAUUAUUCAAAAUAGUAAUGUCUUAUGAAGUUAACUGAGAACACUGAAAUGAGCAAAUACUGAACCAUGUGUUCAUAGGGGAAAUAAAGGUUACUCUGAA